GCAUCUGUAUAUGAUGAGGAGUUUUCAGUCUCCAUAUUUCCAACUCCUGUGUCUUCUAAUAGCAGCGUUAUUAGAAUGCAAAGAGAGACCCUGCAAGCAGGUUCUUCAGUUGAACAUAAGCCAUUUACAUGGUGACUGUAUGUCUAUUUCUUGCCAAUCAACAACCCACCUGCUGGAUUCUCUAACAGUCAAACUAAGCAGUAUCAACCCGGUUAAAGACAUACUGAUGUAUCCAGAUAUCUCUCCAGCAUCAGAGCACCAGAGAUGGUCUGUGAGGAAAGAUGAUGGAAAUUUUACACUUGAUCUGAAAGACAUCAGAUUAUCCGAUGGUGGCCUUUAUGACUGUCAGGUCUACAAGGAUCAGGACUGCCUUCAUUCAACACAAUUUUACCUGAGUAUUAUACAGUGUAAAAUUUUGAACUCUGUCCAUGCAACGUUAAACUCGCAAGUGUUACUGCCAUGCUCUGAACAUCCUCUACAAAACAGAACUGAACCAGUCACUUGGAAAGUCAUUAAUGGUCACCAAUUAACAGAUAUAACCCAGUAUCGCGCUCCAAACAAGCCCUCAAGCGGCACAGAGAAACCCCCGAACCCCCUGUUUGAGAGAGCGAGACUACUGAAGAACGGAUCUUUGCUUAUAAGAAAAGCAGUCGACACUGAUGAAUUGUGGUAUCAUUGCAGAGUGAAUGAAAAAACCUGCUAUGAGAUGAGGCUGGUGAUGAAAGUUCAGCUGUCCUGCUGUGAGCAUCUGUAUAUGAUGAGGAGUUUUCAGUCUCCAUAUUUCCAACUCCUGUGUCUUCUAAUAGCAGCGUUAUUAGAAUGCAAAGAGAGACCCUGCAAGCAGGUUCUUCAGUUGAACAUAAGCCAUUUACAUGGUGACUGUAUGUCUAUUUCUUGCCAAUCAACAACCCACCUGCUGGAUUCUCUAACAGUCAAACUAAGCAGUAUCAACCCGGUUAAAGACAUACUGAUGUAUCCAGAUAUCUCUCCAGCAUCAGAGCACCAGAGAUGGUCUGUGAGGAAAGAUGAUGGAAAUUUUACACUUGAUCUGAAAGACAUCAGAUUAUCCGAUGGUGGCCUUUAUGACUGUCAGGUCUACAAGGAUCAGGACUGCCUUCAUUCAACACAAUUUUACCUGAGUAUUAUACAGUGUAAAAUUUUGAACUCUGUCCAUGCAACGUUAAACUCGCAAGUGUUACUGCCAUGCUCUGAACAUCCUCUACAAAACAGAACUGAACCAGUCACUUGGAAAGUCAUUAAUGGUCACCAAUUAACAGAUAUAACCCAGUAUCGCGCUCCAAACAAGCCCUCAAGCGGCACAGAGAAACCCCCGAACCCCCUGUUUGAGAGAGCGAGACUACUGAAGAACGGAUCUUUGCUUAUAAGAAAAGCAGUCGACACUGAUGAAUUGUGGUAUCAUUGCAGAGUGAAUGAAAAAACCUGCUAUGAGAUGAGGCUGGUGAUGAAAGCUCAUAAUACAUCUCGUUCCACAAAGGUAUUAGAAACACUUUCCACAACAUUGGUAACCACAGCCUCUGCUGACAGUCUUGCUGGCCUGGCUGAAAAUAACAGUGAUGGGAGUGAAACAGUGACAACUAAUCUGACAGUAGUAGUGAUGAUGACCACAGUAGUGUCUCUGUGUGUCCUCAUAUCACUGACCAUCUGUGUCAUUCUUUAUUUCAAAAAACAAAGGCGCAAAACCAACAGCCAAACACAGUUAAACAGUCGGAUCUCUGUGUAUUACUCCCAUGUUGCAGAAGGGUUUGAUGUCCCAUUGUAUUCUUUAGUUGAACAAAACACAGGAUCAAUGAUCACCUUUGGUGCUGCACAAUCAGAAGCUCCGGCAUGUAAAGCAGAUAACAUUGAAACCUGCGAGGAGGAGGAGGAGGAGGAGGAGGAGGGGAGUGUCUGGCAGAACCGUUCAGCUCGCGGUGAGAGCUGCACCGAGGCUAUUCAUUAUUCAGCGUGA